ACCAAACAGCAGAGAGAAAAAAAAAAAAAAAGAUCCCACAUUCCCUUCCAUCUCUAUCCUCUUUCUCUCUCUACUCUCUCUCUACACUUUUUUUUUUUGUGUGUGUGGGUUCUGUGAAGGUGAAAUGCAAGAACAAGCAACGAGUUCCAUUGCAGCUAGCUCUCUACCUUCGAGCAGCGAAAGAUCUUCCAGCUCUGCUCUUCAGCUUGAAGUGAAAGAAGGAAUGGAGAGUGAUGAUGAGAUCAGGAGAGUGCCGGAGAUCGGCGGAGUCGCCCCCAGAGGGUCGGUGUCUUUCAGGGAAACCGGUUCGACGGCCGGUCCGGACCGGGUCCAGGCAUCUUCAGAGGGGAUGAGGAAGAGAGGAAGAAGUCCGGCUGACAAGGAAAACAAGCGGCUCAAAAGGUUGCUGAGGAACAGGGUAUCAGCACAACAAGCAAGGGAAAGGAAGAAGGCAUACCUAACAGAGUUGGAGGGUAGGGUUAAAGACUUGGAAAAGAAGAACUCUGAGCUUGAUGAGAGGGUCUCCACGUUGCAGAAUGAAAACCAGAUGCUUAGACAU